AUGGCUGCCUGCAUGCCCUCCCGUCGGCAGGCCUGGCUGCAGCCAGGCACCGGUGCCGAGCCAGCUCUGCCUGCGUACCCGGCAGCAGGCGUGCGGCAGCCCCGGCCAACUCGGCACAGACCGGGGCAGAUGCCAGACCUCUUUCUUUCCCGCUGCGCCCAUUUAUUAGCACAGCCAGAAAAUAAGCACGAGGAGAAAGUCCAGGAUCCUGACAGAGGGGAGGACGAGACCAAGGCAGAGAUGGGGAGCAAAACCUGGGCAGACCUGGCUGGGGAGAUGAAGAUGUUCCUGUGGAACCCGGAGGAGAGAACAUGCCUGGGGAGAACAGCCAAGAGCUGGGGCUUGAUCUUACUGUUUUACUUCAUUUUCUAUACGUGCCUGGCAGGAAUGUUUGCCUUUUGCAUGUAUGUGAUGCUGCUCACCCUGAGCCCCUACACACCCACCUACCGGGACCGCGUGUCUCCACCAGGAGUAAUGAUCAGACCAUACUUGAAUGGGUUCACCAUUGCCUUCAACGUCUCUCAGCCCAGCACAUGGCGACCCUACGUGGACAGCAUGCAGCACUUCCUAGCAGCUUAUGAUGACAAAGUUCAAGAGGAGAAGAAUAUUGAGUGCGUCUCAGGACAGUACUUCAUCCAAGGGGGCAACGAAAGCGAGGAGAAGAAGGCCUGCCAGUUCAAGCGCUCACUGCUGCAGAACUGCUCUGGCAUUGAGGAUCCAACAUUUGGCUACUCUAAAGGCCAGCCCUAAAAAUCCCUUCCUUCAAAUCGAAUCAUAGGCUACCGCCCUGGUGCUGGGGUCCCCGUGAGCGUGGACUGCAAAGUGCAGAAAGGCAAUGAGAGCGAUCUCAGAUCGGUGGACUUCUACCCCGGAAACGGGACAUUUGAUCUCAUGUAUUAUCCCUACUACGGCAAGUUCACUCAUGUCAACUAUACAUCCCCGCUGGUGGCUAUGCACUUUACAGAUGUGAAGAAGAAUUAUUUGGUCCACAUUCAGUGCAGCCUGAAUGGGAAAGGUAUUAUCAACAAUGUUAACAGCGACCGCUUCCUGGGCCGAAUCAUCUUCACACUCAGCAUUGGAAAGUAG